AUGUCUGCCCUCCGUUUGGCCGCGCGCCGUCUCCCUCGCGCAUCCAAGUCUAUUGCUGCGCUUGAGUCACCACUGCAGCGCCGACUAGCGACUACGUCCAAUGCUCCCCAGGAUCUGAAGGCCCGGGUCAAGAAGGAGACAACUCUGCCCAAUGCCGACCCUGCGCCGGACUCUGUCACGGCAUCCUUUAUCAAUGAGCGAACUCCGUUCAUGGUCCCGACUUACGUUCGCCCCGCCCCCAUGAUGAUGAAGGGGCAGGGUUGCUAUUUGUGGGAUAUGGAGAACAGACGUUAUCUGGACUUGACGGCAGGAAUUGCCGUCAACUCUCUCGGGCACUGUGACCCGGAGAUCACGAAAAUUAUUGCGGAGCAGGCAGAAACCCUCAUUCACGCCUCGAAUCUCUACCAUAACCCUUGGACCGGCGCCCUGAGUCAAUUAUUGGUCGAACAGACCAAGAAGUCCGGUGCCAUGCGCGAUGCCUCGCAGGUAUUCAUCUCCAACUCCGGAACUGAGGCCAAUGAGGCUGCCAUCAAGUUUGCUCGCAAGACUGGUCGCACUUUGGAUCCAUCCGGCGAUAAGCACGAGUUCGUCUCCUUCCACAACUCUUUCCACGGCCGCACAAUGGGCGCCCUCUCAGCCACCCCCAACCCCAAGUACCAGACCCCGUUCUCCCCUAUGAUCCCCGGAUUCAAGUACGGCGAUUACAACCAGAUCGAGCAGCUCCAGACUCUCAUCACCGAUAAGACAUGCGGUGUCAUCGUUGAGCCCAUCCAAGGCGAGGGCGGUGUCAACGUUGCUACCCCAGAGUUCCUUGCCGCUCUUCGCAAGCGCUGUGACGAGACGGGCGCUGUCUUGAUCUUCGACGAGAUCCAAUGCGGCCUGUCCCGCACCGGUUCCUUCUGGGCACAUGCUCACCCCUCCCUCGCCCCGGCUUCUGGUGAGGCUGCCCACCCUGAUAUCCUGACCACCGCCAAGGCCCUUGGUAACGGUAUCCCCAUCGGUGCCACCAUUGUUUCUGGCAACACCGUCGCCAAGAACAUCAAGACUGGAGAUCACGGCACCACCUUUGGCGGUAAUCCCCUUGCUUGCCGUGUUGCUCACCACAUCGUUGAGCGCCUCGCCGAGCCGGAGCUCCAGGAGACUGUCAAGACCAAGUCCGACCUCUUUGUGUCAGGCUUUAAGGCUAUGCGGGAGAAGUUCCCCGAUGUUAUUUCCGAGAUCCGUGGUCGUGGUCUGAUCUUGGGUCUGCAGCUCGCCCCAGAGUACACUGCCAAGGCUGGUGAUAUUAUCACUGCCGCCCGUGAGCGUGGCAUGCUCAUCAUCACCGCUGGUGAGGGUUGCAUCCGGUUCGUUCCUGCCUUGACGAUCACUGAAGACCAGAUUCAGUCUGCUCUCCGAAUCUUGGAGCAGGCCGUUGAUUCGGUCGUGGCCAAGUCAUAA